AUGGAUUAUUUAGAUAAUAAAAAAAGCGUUAAAAUAGUAAAUAAUAACAAUGAAACUCCAAAAAUAUCGGAAAAGCUUUAUAAAAAAAGUUAUAUAAAGAAUAAGAAAAAUGAUGAAGUUAAAAUCGGUUCAGAAUUAUCAUCACAUAAUGACAUAUUACAAUUACCUAGUAUAUUAAAUAAUCAAAUAAAAAUAAUAAAAACAAAUGAAAGUUGUUUUAAAGAUUAUAUUGUUUUAAAUAAUUUAGGAAAAGGUACAUAUGCAGAGGUAUGGAAAGUUAAACAUAAAGUAACAAAUGAAAUAUUUGCAGCUAAAUUAUUACAACCAAAUCAGUUUCCAAAAGAAUCAUUCAAUAGAAUAGUAGAAAUGUUUACUAAAGAAAUAAUUAAUUUAUCUAUAUGUCAAUGUCCCGGUGUAAUUAAAUUACAUAAAGUUAUAGGAGGAAAAGAAGGAUGGAUACUUAUACAAGAUUAUGCUAAUGAUGGUACAUUAUGGAAAGAAAAUUUAUCAAAUAAUAUGAGCGAGGCAUUUUUAUAUUUCAUUCAAUUAUUACAAGGUAUGUGGUAUAUACAAGAUAUGAAUAUUGUACAUAGAGAUUUAAAACCAACUAAUAUAUUAAGAUAUAGUAAUAAAAAAAUCGUAAUAGCUGAUUUCGGUUGGUCUGAACAUAUUGAUUCAUGUAAUUUACAUCCAAAUGAAUGGCCAGGAACAUUAGAAAUAAACCCCCCUGAAGUUUUAAGAAAUACUGGUCCUAUGACAGAAAAAAUUGAUAAUUAUGCACUUGGAAUGAAUAUGAUUUUAUUCAUAUCUGGUAGAUUCGUUUGUAGACAAAAAGGAGUAGAAUGCUCUAAAGUUGCUCAAAUAAUUUUAAAAACUGUUCAUAAUUUAAGAUAUUCUAAACCUCCUAGCAGAUUUCGAGAAAAUUUAAAAGCAUGGGAUUUAUUUGUUAAAUUGACAUCAUCAAACCCUAAUGAAAGAUUAAGUUUACAAAAUGUUUUAGAUCAUCCAUGGGUUACUGAAAUGUUAAAUAAUUUUAGCUUGCAAAAUUCCAAAUUUUUAUGGCAUGAAAAAAUAAAAACUCGAUGGAUUUAUCUUUUGUCAAAUAAUUGGAAUUUUUUUAAAAAUAUUUCAUCGAUUUCUAAUAGUAAAAUAAAUAAAAUUAAUGAUACAAAAAAAGAUACUAAUGAAUGUUUUGUUAAAUCACUUCCUACAUCUAAAGAAACGAUUAUUACAGAUAUAGAUACACAAAAAAAUAGAGACGAUAAAAAAAAUGGUAAUGCAAUUAUAAGUGAAAAUACCACUAGUUCUGGAAAAGAAAAAUAUUCAAAUGCUGCUCUCAAAAAGGAUUAUGAAAUUUUAUAUUACAUAAUGAAGAACAAUUUUAAAAAUAAAGUUAACUGCUGUUCUGUAAAGAGAGCUGAUUCUAUAACUAGUAAAAAUGCCGAAAAUAAAUCUGAAAAAAAAAAAAAAAAUACUACAAAAAUGGAUAUAAUUAAUACUACCAAAAAAAAUGACCAUAGCAUUAUAAAUGAAAAUAAUAAUCAAAACUAUGAUUCUUCUGAAGAUCUAGAUGAAGAUAACACAAUAAUUCACGACGAAAUAAAAAAAAAAAAAAAAGAAACAUUUACAAUUAAUCAUAAUAUUGAAAAUACUAAUGAAAAUUUAUUAAAAAAAAAAAAAUCUGAACAUAAUAUAAAAAAUAUAAAUUCAUCUAUUUAUAUUGAUGAAGAACUUGAUCAUUUCAGUAAAGACAAUGAUAGUAUAAGUAGCGCCGGUAAAACUGCCACAACAACUACUACCAUUACAACUACUGCGAAUAAUAACUGUGUGCGAAGAAAAAAAAAAAAUGGAGACGACAUUCAACAUAUCGGGACUAACCAAACAAAGAAUAAUAUUAUCAAUGAUGGACAUAAAAAUGAAGAAUAUAAUAAUAUUUUACAAAAAAAAAAAACAUACAAAUAUGAUAAAGUUGUUUUAAACAAUGAACUUAAACAACGUGAAAACAAAAAUUUAUUUCAAUUAAAAAAUGAAACCAAAAAAGGAAAUUCUAAAAUAAGUGAACAAUAUGAAAUAAUCAAAGAAGAUGAAAAUGACGAAAAUUAUGAAAAAAAAAAAAAACUAGCUAAAGAAGUUAAUAAUAUGAAAUAUAACUAUUGUAGUAGUAAUGAAAAAAUAAGUUUUUUGGCAAAUAAAAGUAAAAUCCAAGCUUUUAAAAAUAACGAAAAUAUUAAUAAUAUAAUAAAAAAUAAUUCAGUUAUUGUAAAUUAUAAUAAUAAAAUUAAUAGUUCAAUUCAUCAAGUUAAUAAAAAUGAAAAUACAACUUUCGAAAAUAUAGGAAAACAAAAUAUUAAUGUUGGAAAAAUGUAUUCAGAUAAUUACCCAAAUUUUAAUGAUACUAAAAUUCCUGAAUUAUAUAAUACAGAUAAAAAAAAUAAAACACAACUUGAAACAAAUAAAAUAAAAGAAAAAAAUUAUGAUCAUUUUAAUUGUAGUUUUCAAAAAUUCAAAGAAUCGAAAAAUAAUAAUUUUCCAAAAUAUUUUAUAAAUGAAGAGGUGCUAGAUAAAAUUAAUAAAAUUAGUAAAAUAAAUAAAUUAAAUAAUAAUACAAAAGUUAGUAAAAUGAAUAAAGUAAAUAAGUUUAUAGAUGGAAGUAACGAAUUAAUAUCAAAACAAGACACCCAUAUAAGCAAUACACACACACACAAAGCUACUAAUUUAGACACAAUGCAAAAAAUUAAUAAAUUAAAACAAAAAAAAGAUAUAUUUACAAAAUACUGUGUAAAACAAAUCGAUUUACAAAAUAAAACACAAAAAGAGGAUACUGAAAAAGAUCAAAAUCACAUCAAACUAUGUACUAAUAAUUUUAAUAAUCCAGGAAAAACCAUUAAAUAUAUUUAA